AACAUGUUGUGUUCAUCGUGCGCUACGGCUCUGUUGAAGGAAUCAAAACAACGUAUCUCAAGGCAGAGGCCAUCCCUGAUGGCAAAGCACAAACAGUGUGCAACACCUUGCAAGCUGUUUUUAAUGGAUAUGGUAUACCAACAAAUAAGGUAAAACAGACAAUCUAAAUCUGGCAAAAUGUUUGAUAAUAUUGUAGCCCUUAUACUACCUACUAAUGUGCUGAUUUUAUCUUUAUCUGUUAUUUACUUACUUCAGAUUCAAGGAUUAGGUGUUGAUGCGCCAAUGUGAUGUUGAGCAAGCAGAAUGGUGUAGCUGGGCUACUACAACGUAGUAACCCCUUCUGUGUUGUGGUACAUUGUGUGUGCCAUAGGUUGAACUUAGCUAUGAGCCACGCAACCAAGGAGGUACAAGGUGCCAACCAGAUACAGACACUUCUCUCAACUAUCUAUCAGCAUAUCAAUAACUCCCCGAAUCGCCUUGACAAAUUCAAAAACCUCGCAUCCAUCUUGAAAGCAACUAAUGAAGUGGGUGAUCAAGCUGAAGAUGAUGCUGACAAUGAGGUUGGCCUCCCGUCAUACCCCUUUUUGAAGUUUAAGAAGUUGUUUGAGAUCCGAUGGCUGUGCAUGGGAGAGACUGUAAGGGCAGUCAUUCAGAACCACCACCCUUUGGUAUUGCUGCUUGAGGAGGAGGCUGCUGAGCCUGAAAGCAACCCGGUUUCAAUUGGUCUCUUAACACAGUUGACCAACUACAGAAUGGUUGCUUUACUUCACUUCAUCGGUGACGUUCCAACAACAAGACAUUCUGAACAAGACAUUCCAACAGCGCAACAUAUCCUACCACAGCAUCAAGCACCAGAUCCAAGCUGUUGUUGACAGCUUGGAAGAGUUUCGUCACACAGACGGACGAUUUCUCAGGCCUUUCCUUGAACAGACCGAGAACAGUGACUUCUACUUUGUGCAGCUGAAAACCAGAGCUAUGGGACGUCAACAACGGGACAAGAGAGAGCAGUUCAAUGAAGAUAGACAUAUUAUCAUCACAGAGAUAAUCAAACAUAUCCGAGGACGGUUUCCUCAACUGGACAUGCUAGAUGCUAUGAAGAUAUUUGAGCCAGCAGCCUAUCCGGAAGGACCAUUGAAUUAUUGGGGGCUUGAUGAACUGGAAGUUCUACUGACUCAUUAUGGCCAGCGCAAGGCAUCAACAACCAGGAUGGUAGACCCUUUGGUUGAUGCUGAUGGAGCAAGAGGCGAGUUUCUGAUGUUCAAGCGUCUGGUUGAUCAGAACAAGCAUGCAACCAACCCUGAUGCUAAUCAGUUCAACCAUCCUGAUGAGUUAUACAAGGUCAUAUUCUGUGGGGCCAAUCAGCAGAACCGAAGAAUAUUCAGAGGUAACUCUUUAUGUAACUCUUUUGUUGCUUAAUUUUACAUGCCAUAGUUUUUUCUUUAAUGCAAUUGCUUUAAUGCUUUGGUUUGUAUUACACUUCCUUCCUCAGAG